UCAGAUAUCAAUCAUCACCGUCAUUCUGAGUGAAACAAUAUGAUUUUAAAGCAUUUACUAGAAAUGUAGGCAGGCUUCGGCCAAGACAGAAAGGUUGGAGACCGACAAGCAGCACCCAGGCAACGCUAGCGCCAUAGACAGGUUAGCGCGUAUCAUCCUUUUACUGUCUAUGCUAUUAUCUCUGAAACUCGCUCGUCAAAUGCCCAUUGAAAAUAUAUUAAUUAUGGUUCAAAAGUGUUAGCCUUUUACCGCUGUACUUCAAGGGGAGACCAGUUAAAACUAGAUUGCUGUGGACAUUUAACAGAAGAUGAGUUUCGAGGCAAAGCGAUGUGGAGUGCAGUUCACUCCUCCCUCUAUAGUUUUAAUUUAUGAACACAAGGAAACUAAACAUGUGCGAAAAAGAAUAAUACCCGUGCGGAACUUCUCAAAAUAUUCUGACUACAGCAUGGCUGCAGAAAGUCUGAAGAAUCACCCUCGACACAGGGACUACCUGGAGGGCGUGUCCCAGAGCCAGUUGGAGAAGCUUCACAUCAUCCUGCGCGAUCACAUGCAAGGCUUCAGCUUGGAGCACAGCCUGGCUUCGUUCAGCCUGGACCCCGACGAAGACCUCAACAAACUCGACGACGACGAGCUGGCUCGCAAGAAGGGCCAAAUGGACGAACUGUUCGAAAAGAACCGGAAGCGCAAAGACGAUCCUGACUUUGUUUACGAUGUAGAAAUGGAUUUCACCAAGACCGCCGAAGAAAACUGCAGCUGGGACGACGAGUCUGAUGAUGGAUUUUGAAACUGUUAUUCCAAAACUUUCUCCGACCUUUCUGACUGAAAAUCAGCCAACACGCUGAUGUUCUAUUAGAUAACAGGGAAAUCUGACGGAUGUUUUGUCCAUCCCGGGGCCAUUUCCAUCAACAAGGGACGUAGCAACAUGGCUUUGCGUAAACAUACACGCCACUUUCCUAAAGCCAAAUGGCGUGUUAUCUGUAUGCAUUUUGAGCUAUCCCCAUGUAUGUCUACGCUGUAUACAG